AUGGCUGAUUUUUUGACCUCUACUCACCGGGCAAAGUGGAUUUUCUCCUCUCAUCAGCUGGUUGAAAAAUAUAAAGCUGCUAAUCAGAGAGCCAAACAAAUUCUAGAGAAGUAUGGUGCAACUCUAAUGGAAGUAGAUAUUGAUGGAUCGCUGUCAUAUCCAGAACCCCAGAUGACGGUAAAGGACAGUGGUGAGAAGCAUUCUCGGACAAAACCUCUUAGUAUUGAAGAAGAACAAUGCAUACGAGUAUUUUUUGAAAACAAGCUACAAGAAGUAUGUAACAAUUUCCGCUUCCCUCACAAGAUCCAGGCAACGGCCCUUAUCUAUUUUAAAAGAUUCUAUCUGCAAUGGUCGGUGAUGGAACAUCAACCAAAACAUAUUAUGUUGACCUGCAUAUAUGCUGCUUGUAAGAUAGAAGAAAAUCAUGUGUCGGCUGAGGAGCUUGGUAAGGGGAUUUCACAGGAUCAUCAAAUGAUUCUCAAUAAUGAGAUGAUAGUUUAUCAGAGUUUGGAAUUUGAUCUAAUUGUUUUUGCACCAUAUCGCGCGGUUGAAGGUUUUAUAAAUGAUAUGGAGGAAUUCUGCAGUGCUGGUGAUGAUCAGCUUCAAAUGCUCGAGACUUUGCAAAAGACAGCAAGAUCGGAACUUGAUAAAAUGAUGCUUACAGAUGCACCACUUUUAUUUCCUCCUGGGCAGUUAGCCUUGGCUGCUUUGGGCAACUCAAAUGCAGUGCAUAAAGUCAUUGACUUCGAUAGUUAUCUUGAGAGCAUUUUUUCCCGUCAGAAUUGGACGCAUACAAUGACCGAGCUUACUGAAUCACUACAUGCAAUUGAUUCUUGUGUUAGAAAAUACAAAAUUUCUUCCGAGAAGGAAUUGAAACAUAUCAACCGAAAACUGAAGGCUUGUUGGGGUCAUAACUCUCAUGACGAGUACUUUCUUUAA